AUGGUGGAGAUGGAAAACGCAUUUCCGUCCGCCUCGCCAUUGGGCAAAGAUGAGACCAGUGUUCCGGCGCGUGACGGCACCGGAGACGAACGAUUUGUUAUUUUCGGUGAGAGAUGGGACGGAGAGAAGUUGGAGCCUUGGGAAUGCCGAGCGGAUGAUGAAGACACAACGCCCGGUGGGAGGUUUUGA